AUGCGGAAUUUGCUCACAAGACAGUCGGGUGGUUCUGGUUCUGGUACCGCUGGGAAGAUGAUCACUGUACGGGUGUAUCUCCUGGCUAUUGUCAGCUCAAUGGGGGCGUUCCUAUUCGGAUAUGACAUGGCCUUGAUCGGCACAUCGAUUGAGUUACAUUCCUUUAAGAAGGACUUCGGGUUGGAGCAUGCUUCCAAAUCUGUCGAGGAUGCCUUUGCAGCCAAUAUUGUAUCCCUCCUACAAGCGGGCUGCUUCGGAGCUCUCAUCUCUGCCCCACUGAGUGAUCGUUUUGGACGUAGCCUUGCGGGGACUCCCAGAAACUCAUCCCUCUGUGGAGUCGGAACUCAAUGA